UUUAUCAAACGCUUUCGGGGAGUCACUUCGUCCGAUCAUGAAGCGGAACGGUGGUGUGCUAAUCGCGAUCGUUUUCAAAAUCAUUUAUGCUGAAAGUAGGAUGCUUCCCAUGUCAUUUGUUCCGGACUCGGCCAAGAUACCGAUGCAGAUGCCACAAGAACGGCAUAUCACGCAAGAACCAAGGACAGAAGCUGUUCCACAUGAAAAAGUUGUCGGAUUGAAAGGAGAGAAGCUACCAGACGCAGACAGUGACGAAAUGUUCAGCUACUCGACCAACUUUCUCGAUCCAAAAGACAGGUGCGCGAUUCUAGUGAUGUCCAAUCAAGGACAAACUAGUAUGCAGCAGUCACUUCUACGCAAAUAUCGAUAUAAUCAAAAUGGUGACCUGAUACCAAGCAGCGUACAGUAUUUCAUCAAAUUCCCGCAAGGCGGAGGCACGGCUGUCUUAGUGCCUUUGAAAGACAAGGCGUUCUCACCCUCCGGCGGUUUCGUGCGAUAUUACAAAGAAGUCCCACCAAUUCCUCAGUCUUGGAAACGCUAAACAUUUUUUUUUUUUUAAGAAAAUACUAUAUAAUGUUUUUUUUAU